AUGGUAGCAGCUCAAGAUAUUCUAGCUGAAACGUAUAUUCCAACUUCUGUUGUUCUAAUUGCAAACAUUGGACCAGUUUUUCUUGUUUCUCUAAUCGUACCGUACUUCAUGCAACGUAUUCCAUAUGUUGUUCGCGCUUUCCUCAUCUUCUUCCUUUCUGUCACCGGUGUCAUCGUACUCGCGUUGGCGAGGCAAGUUCAAUGGAAGUUAAUCGGGGUGGGAAUGGUUGCAGUUGGUGCUGGCCUUGGUGAACCGACAAUUUUGUCUUUAACAUCAUUUCAUGGCGAGCUGACAUUAGCUGCGUUCUCAGCGGGAACGGGAGUAGGAUUUGCAAUUGCACCCUUGUAUUAUACAGGUGUGUGUUGAGAUAUAGUGUUUAGGCUAACCUGUCCGAAAUUCAAACUCUUGGUAUUUUCAAUUUCCUAAUGCUAAAUCCAUUUAAAAUUAGUCUUGAUAUGGUAUUGCCCGCACUUUAUCGAGAAAUUUUAUCACAAUGUUCAGCGCAAUGCCACACUAAUGAGAUUAGCAACAAUGCUAUUUACUUUCAUUGCUUUCUUUAAGAUUUUCUUUAUUGUUUUGUAGCCUUGACAACAUGGGCCUGCGUAUCACCAAAGGUUGCUACUCUUAUCAUGGCAGCGAUGAUGGUCCUGAUCUUUGUCUGUUUUUACUUCAUCGACAACUCAGAGACAAAAUGCACCAGUUCUCUAUCGGAUGAUCUUAGUGGAGUGCAUUACUCAGCUCUUGAGACCAAUGGUAUGUUUGGUGUUUAGAGUUCUAAGUCUGAAUAUUUUAUUAAAAUUGUUAUUAUCGAAAAUAAAUUUGAUAAUUACUUUAGGUUGAAGAAAUUUUAAAUGGUGCAGUCGAAACCUCAUAAAAUUGUAUUAGUUCUAUUCUGUAGGGCUUUUUCUACUAGACAUAAUUAUUCAGUUUCAAUGAGGAAGCAAAUGGUAAUCAAAUUGAUUUCUGACCAAUUAUUAUCCAUACUUGGUGGGUAAAUACCCAAAAUACAGAACAAGCAUUUUUGUGUCCGAUUAAUUGCUAAUUACACGGGAACGGGUAUCGAAAAAAUUUCAGCCGAGCACUCAGUGACAACCAAUGGAUACUUCAACUUAUUUCAUGGAUCAUUGAUCCCGUAACGAACCAUUGGGUUUAUAUUCAAAAUGUCUUUAGGCUCUGAUGUUGUAGUCUUAAGGUAUUCAAGCACAGUACUACCCACCCAAAGGUAACGGUAGCUGAAAAUUAAACAAAGAUGUAAAAUUAUAAAGAUGUAACUCUCUUUUUAUUCUUUCCUUUUAAAAGAAAAUUUGUGUGACACCUCAAACAAAGAUGACGAAGAAAAUGAUGAAGGCACCUCUCUUUCUUGGCGGGAAAAAAUGAUGGUCAUUUGUCAGCUGCUGCCUCAUAUGUUACCAUUGUUUAUUACAUGUUUCUCUGAGUACAUUAUCGUUCAAGCCGUAAUUACAACCCUGGCAUUUCCCAGCUCUCCUUUCAAACCUCGUGACCAUUAUGAGUAUUACAUUGUUGUAUUCGUGGUGGGUGAGAUGGUGGGGAGGUCUUACCUUUUAGUGCUGUCCUACAUUAAAAGAGACUGGGGAGAGAAAGCUAAAUUUCCAUACCUUUGGGUUCUGUGUCUGAUCGAAGUCAUGGAUCUUUUGUUUUUGGUGUUGGCUGCAUGGUACCGUUUUUUACCGAGUGUAUGGAUCGUUUUGCUUCUUGUGUUUGUCUGCGGCUUGACUGUGGGUGCUUUUUAUGUUAACGUAGUGAUAAUUUUUAGAAAUUGUCUCCAACAAAAGUACAAGGAGUUUGCCAUGGGAUACAUCGACCUACCUUUAACGGGAGGAGUUUUAACAGCCGCCGUGUUGGGCCUAUACGUUGAACCCCUGUUGCGUGAACAUUGCAUGAUCCUCAUGGAUAACACAGACUUCUGCUUUACAAGAACACAGUCUUAAGAUCGAUUUUCUUCAUAUUGCUUUUUUAAACAUGAUUGAAAUCUCUCCAAGCCUCUGAAGCUAUAUUUAUGGUGCUCUUGUGUAGUUUAGGUAUGAGUCAAUGAAUUCCUUUUGAUCCUCUCUCGAAUAUUUAUGUCUCUACGGUUAUUAAAAUGCUAAGUGUAUAUUUGCUCAAGACUUCUGGCCCUUUUAUCCGCCUAAGGUUCACAUGUGUGGCUGUAUUCUGAUUGCAGAAGUUUAUGUCUUAUGUCAAGCCUUAAGUCCCUCAAAUUGUUUGCUGCACGGUCGUGUAUGCGACUAUCUCGGAUAAAGCACGAGUGGGGUGUCAACUGCUAAGUUUAAAAAAACUCAUAUGAGUGAGAAUAGAAGUGCACAGCAUUUUGAUUAUGGUAGAGAGAAGAACGAAAGCAAAGAAGUUUUUGUGAUCUAAGACUAUUGUUGCCUUUCGCAUAACGAGGUUGCUACUCGUGAUGUCCCCUAACGUCCCAACAAAAGUUUCGUGCAGUCACCUAUGAACCAAUAAAAUAAAUUGUAACCCAAAAUCAAUCGAUAAGUUGCCUAGCGGUUUUUACUUGCGCUCUGAAGUCAGCCGCGACGGGGUUGGGGCCGAAAGAAGGGAGAAUGGAAUGCUUUUUAUUAGUUUGGUCCAUUCGGUUUUCUGUGACUGGAGAGAAAUAAAUUGAAACGGCCUUUUCAACUUAAGAAAGGGAACACUCUUCCCGUUUUAACAAGAACUACCGGAAAAUCACGGCACCAUUUUAUUCGUUCCACUCGCUGCAUAUGAUGAAGUAAGGAGUAUUUGCCUUUUAGGCCUAGUUCAAACGUCGAUCUUUACAUGUAUCGAACCUAACGUUUCUAUUAAGUACAUGUAAAGAUCGACGUUUGAAUCAAUUAGGAUCGGCAGAUUUGUAUUCGGAUCGACAGUGCCGUUCUAUCCGACUCGGCUAGUCGGAUAGAACGGUAAAAGAUCGGCAUUGAUUCAUACGUCGUACUUUACAUGUACCGAACUUAAUGCAUACAUUAUACAUACGUUAAAAUAAUUAUGUUUUACCCACAAUUCAAGAAAGUUCGCUUACGUGCCAUGCGCGAAAGCCUUCGAACCAUUCAAACAAUAUGGCGGGAAAGGAGGAAGACUCGUGCUCCUUUUGUUUUAAAACCACAAAAUAUACCUGUCUUACGUGUAAGGAGUACUUUUGUAUGCCAUGUUCGGUGUUUGAAAACGACGAAGAUGUUGUGGGUUGGAUGCAAGGAAGGCAGCAAGGUUGUUUAAUGCUAACUGCAUCUUGAGUCGCCUUUUUCUACCCUCCUUAAUCGCAUUUGCAAGAAAAACAAGCUCUUCAUUUCCACAAGUUGUGCUUCCCGCAUUUUUUUCCGCCAUUUUGGUAGGCAUUAACCGCUGACUACAAUGGAGUUAUGUUCAGUUUUGCAAUUAGGAUCGACUAAAUUCGGAUCGACGUUUGAAUCAACUGCCGCUCUUAAUUAUUCGAGUCGACCCAAAUUGCAAUUAGGUUCGGUACAUGUAAAGAUCGACGUUUGAACUAGGCCUUAGCUGAACAUGAUUUUUUCUUUUAAUUUUUGUUGUUUUUUUUAAUCAAACAACGUUAUGGUGAACUUUAGGCAUUAGACACACGCUUUUACUGUUUCAUUUCGAUUGGGAAAAAAUAACUUAUGAUAACCUAUGAUAGGUUCGUUCCUUGUAAAAGGAUUUAUCACUACAAAAUGAACACUUAGCUAGCUGUGUGUCAAAUAUUUCAAAAUCCAGAUAAUGGAGAAAAUUUUAAAUCUCUCACAACUUCAAUCUACAUUAAUUUCACAAAUGGACAUAAUAAAAAUUAUUUAAAAAUGCAUUCCUGGUGAAUUCAGAUGUGACAAGUUUCUCCACUGGACUGAGAAUUCUUGAUGAAUGUUACGCGUAAAUCUUCUAACUAGCCGCAAUAAGGUUGUAUUAUCAUAAGUUAAAGAAACAGCUUCAGGAUAAAGAUAGUUCAGUUUAACUCUCCUUAAAAGAGGGUGCAAGACUAACAUUAGAGAGAAAUUAAAUGAACCGAAUGAUCAAACCAAAAAUAUUUUUAAAUAAUUCAUGCAAAUAAUUUUCUCCUUUUAAACAAGAAUGAACCGAAUGAUCAAACCGAAAAAAUUUUGAAAUAAUUGAUGCAAAUAAUUUUCCUUUUGAGCAAGUUUGCAGAGAUGAUCGAAUAUCACAAAGGUGCAGAGUCUAGAAGGAUGUUUAAGGACCAACUGCAAAUGCACAACUCGAUAAAUUUAGACGAAACUUUUUUGUGUCUUCUAAUUGAGACAAAGUUGUUUAAAAACAAUAGCAAUGCAAAUAAAUGGCUGUACGAAGAUCUGGUUUUCUCAACUGAGUUGAUAAUUUGAAUCGCCUCAACGAAGGGCUAACGAUUGACACGCUAGGUUUAGAACCUCUCUUGACCAGUAUACAUUAUAAACUUAGUUAAUGACGCCAAAUUAUCUUGUGAUACCCCACCACUGACGUAGCACCACAGUUUCUUCAGAAACGUACCUCCUUUUUACAUGCAGUUCACACGAGGUUUAACUCAAACCACGGUUUUACGCAAGCAGUGGGCCUCAGGCAUUCUCUCUAGCAUCAGCACCUGUAAAAAGAGAAAGAAAGAAAACAAAGUAAUUCUGUCUGGGUUUGUGAAUUUACACAAAUCCCCGCGCGCGGCACGCAAGGAAUUCGAUGUCGAUUAUUUACGUACCUUGUUUACGUGACACAAGAUAACAGCCAGUUGAAAACCUUACUUAAAAUCGUGCAGGGAACUUUCAGUCCAAAUCCUUGAGUUGAGAAAGAAACGAACCAUGUUUUCUUGGAUUAGCCCCUAAUGGUAAGUGGCAUCGAAGAAGUCGGCGCAAAAGCAGAGUGACUCUUAUUGACAAACGGCAGCAUUCGAAGGUAAAACAGUUAACGUUGUUUGACUUGGUCCGUAAAAACUGUAGAGAAGGUUGAGCUUAUCCAGUUUAGGGUCAGUUCAGAGUAUGAAAAUUAGUUUUUUCGACUUCUUUUCGAGGCUCUCAAAAUUUAUUCUCUUCUCGAUACAGCUGUUUCAUUGGCUCAAAAAAGUUCAUCUUUCUUUGCUCGAUAAUUUCAAGAAGUUUUGCUUCAGAACACAAAACAAUUCAACUUAUUCAAUUCAUAUGCAAAGAAGGUUGGACGACCUUGGACUAUUCAUGCUCUGAGGAAACAAAGUCUCCUCAGAGCAUGAAUUAAUUUCCUUCUGCUCUCCAGGUUUACUGCAAUUCCUACAAACUCGGAAUAGUUGAUCGAAAAAUCAAACUGGGGUUUCAGUCCUUAUAGGAAGCUACCAUUUUUUUUUCGUUCGAAAGAUAUAUUUUAUAACAUUUUUUCGGGAGUUUUGAGGUUGACGCCUAAACCUAAACAAAGAUUUUGCAAAUUGUAUGUGUUUACGUGUCCUUUGUUAGUCCCAUAUACGAAGAAAAGGUUUGCGUUUACAAACCUGACAGAUGAUCAAGUGAAUAGAACCUUUCUAUUGUGAAAAUUGCAGUAGAUUUAUUAGCUUCCCCAGGCAAUGAAGAAACUGCGAAUAAUCUAGGAGACGGGUCAACGCUAGAGAAGUUGAAGAAAAAUUACCGUGGGUUUUCGUACUGGGUGAUACCGAGGCAGGUGGUUAAAAUUCACAGGUGUCUGUCGAUUCGAUCGCAUUUUCAACCAAAGGUUAUUGCCCUCUAUUUAAAAUACAGGGCUGGACUUAUUUUACUUUAAGGAUAAUCUUACACACGAGUGUCUAGGAGUGAGCUAUUAUAUUCAGUGGCCAAAUUAUAAACAAAGAACCAUCAACAAUCCAAACUGCGGGUGACCACUUGGUCGGAAAUUAGUGAUUGUAUACAUUGGAAAUGAAAGUCGGAUCGGAUCGAUAUACCGCGACUAGUUGCGAUCGGACUUUGUGGUUUUACAGGCACGUUCCGAUUUGCCACCUUUCCUCUCAUGUUCCACGCUAACCCGUAGGGCAAAUACUAUUCAAAAACGUUUCAAACUGAUGUUAAUUUGCAUAAGCUAGUCCACACUCAAUAUUGACAUGUGUUUCAUUUUCGCCAGGUUCAGAUGUUUUAUCCGCGGUUAACUAAUAGAGAAGGAAACUCCUUGUAGUGAAGACACGAUAACUUUGAGAGAAGAUAUGAAACAUUCCAGACACAACAACAGCAUAAUUUAGUGGCAAAAAGGCUUUCUACGUGUAAUCCGGGGGAAACGUAUCAUUCUGUCCCUCGCCGUAAGGAGAAAUUUAUAAUGGAGGACAAAACCGAAGAAAAACAUGCGACCCUUAUGGAUUUAUUCCCUGCGAACUCCGACACAGAUACAUCACGAGAAAAGCCAGGAACGAUUUGUGCUUUCUUUGUUUUCGGCUUCUUGAUCUACGCAACCUACUCAUUGAUAAUAUCAGGCGCUCAAGACAUCCUGGCUGGGACCUUUGUGCCAACAUCAGCCGUGCUGGUUGCCAAUGUCGGGCCUUAUUUUAUCAUAACUGUUGUAGCACCAUACUUCAUUCAAAAGAUCGCAUAUUUCCCGCGCAUACUGGCCAUAUUUUUCCUUAUGGUUACCGGACUUACAAUGGUAGUUUCCGCUAAACGCGUUGGGGUGAGGUUGUUGGGAAUUUCUCUCGCCUCGUUUGGAUUUGGUUUGGGAGAAUUAUCUUUUAUUGCAAUGACGUCCUUCUAUCAUGGAACAGCUGUUAGCGCCUUCUCAGCUGGUACAGGAACUGGUAUAUCAAUGGCACCGCUCUAUUACACAGGUAUCUCUCUAAAAAAUAACUUUUUAUCUUCGUCACCGUGUGCAAUGCAACCCUUCCCUAAGGCGAUGAGUAAACACACGGUAGAAACACAUUCCAAAGCAGCCUGACAAUCUAUCUAUUUUAACCGACUAAAUCAACAUUUGAAAAUACUGAAUAUGAUCCUGUGCCUGAGAUGCCAAUUUAAUUAUGAAGAAGUAUGUACACUUAUUGAUGGCUAUCAGAUCAAAAUGAAAAUUUCAUGUGCUAGUUAGUUUACUCUUUUGAUGAGUAGUGUGCUCUGCGAUUUCACUAAAAUUUCGUUGGUCCGUGUUAUGGCUGUUUGGAAUCACCUGGAAAUUUACUUAAAGGACAGAUACACCCUGAAAACGUCAAUUCACGCUCACUUAGCUGUUCAGGCUAACUGAUUUCUUACGCGCAGUGGUCAGCUUGGUGACCCCUCUCUUUCCAAAGUUGAUUUAAGAAUCAAUGGUUUAUCAUUCCCAAAUCUCUCAUUGUUAUCUGAUAAAAAGCAGCAAGCAGUGACUAAGGAGUUUUGAAUUACUUUAAAACUUGGAUUGUCAUUUUGCCGAGAUACUAUGGCGAGUCAACGAAACUCUAGAUAAAAUUUGCCGCCAUACGAGUUACGAUUUUCUCCUUAAUAUUGUCGUGUGCUGUUAGCUACAAAAUGUAUAAAUGACUGUGGUUUUAUGAAAAUCAUAUAUGUGAAUUGCGGUUAAAAAAAUGAAUAUGAAAGCGAUCUUCGAAGUAAUGAACACUUCUCAAGAUGUAGUAAAAAUAAGACCGGAAAAAAAAUUCAGGCCUGUAUAAAGUUAUUUGAUUCUUUGAAAGCUCACGGCGACUGUAACAUCGUGCUUGUGAGGUUUUUUGUUAUCACAUUAAAGGCUUCUUAGGACUGUAGAGAAAUGGCCAAUUCACCUAAGGCUCGAUAAGCUUAAGUCGGGUGCACGAGGUCGAAGCUUUCUGUAAGCUUUGUGGAAUGCGAGGAAGACUUUUUUUUACAGCUAGCUCACCCAGUUGUAGAUGAGGCUUACAGGAAUAGACUGGCUGAACCGCUGAAGGAAACUUUGUUGUUUUUUUUUCUUUUAAUUUUACGUUUUCCCUUUUUUUUCUUGUAGAAAAAAAUUAAAUGUCUAAUUUUGUGAACUUGAUAAGGCACUUCGCUUUCUUUUGCUUGAAGAUAUCAACGUGGGGUAUUGAACUUCUGAUAAAAUAUGUUUAAUAAAACUUAUUCAUCCAACGCGAGUACCCUAGCCCACUGAAAUUGUUCUCUUUCGCUCUCUUUUUUUACAGCUAUGACAACGUGGGCUUGCGUUUCUCCUUCCGUAACCAUCUCCAUUAUGGCUGUCAGUUUGGUUUUCAUGUUGAUUUUCUACGCUCUGAUGGAGAGAAAGCAUACCCAGGAUGGUCAAGCUGCGGCAAAGGGAAUCACCCGCAAAGACAUUCAAUAUUCACCAAUUGAGGAAGAAGAACAAGACAUAAACCCUGGUGAUGAUCUUUUAACAUGGAAGGAAAAAUGCACAGCAAUCAAAAAAGUUUGGCCGAUUAUCGCUUCCAUAAUCAGCGCGUGGAUCGCUGAAUAUUUGAUAAUUCAAUCGGUCGUUACUACAAUAGCGUUUCCGAGCGCUCCUUUUCCACCUCGGGACCAUUAUCAAUAUUAUAUCUUCGUCUUCUUGUUCGGAGAACUGUUCGGUAGAUCCUACUUAAUUGUUCUCUCCUAUCUUCUGCCGAACUUGGCCCAGAAGCUUACAGUGCGUAGAAUAUGGUUCCUCUCAGCGGCGGAGAUUUCUCUUUUAGUUUUCUUUUUGCUUGCAGCCUGGUACCGCUUUUUGACUGAUGUUACGAUAGUGUUAAUUCUCUCCUUCAUCGGAGGUAUCAUUAUAGGUAUCAUGUAUGUGAACAUGUUAUCGGUUUAUUCCGAGAUCGAGGACCCGAGAUCCCGAGAAUUCGUUCUCGGUUACGCUUCAGCUGCAACCGGCGCUGGUGCGAUCACCGCUGGCUUGUUAGGAUUAUUAAUUGAGCCUUGGCUGCGCAGUCAUUGUUUAAUAGUGGCCGUUCAUAACAGCUUUUGCUUCACUCGAUUGCAGGGUGGUGGAGUUUGUAAAUGAUGAGAUUUCACCACAACUUCAAGAAAAACAAUUUCUUUGUAGGGAUCCUCCUAUCGAGUUAGAAUUAAAUUUAUGGACACAUUCUUCUAGUUUACUUUUACGAGUCUUGAAAGGAACACCCUUUCUUGUUCGAGUAUAGCGAAUUUCUGAAGAAUGUUGCUAUGCCUUUCCAUAAACGUGAGGUAUAUAUUAAAAUGUUAAUACUGUUUCUUUCUUGUUACGUGAAAAAGAGGAGGCUUGAACUUACAAACAAGCUAAAAGUGUAUGAUUUUGCUUUUGAAUGCAAGUUUAUCAUGUAAAUACAGCCUCGUGUCUCUGAAUAAUGAGCGGCAAUAUUAGGCCCGGGUUUGAUCCUGCCUGGUACAUGGAAAUGAUUACAUAAUUGGUGUAAGCUAUAGGUAACAAUGAUUUACUGAUCGAACAAAAUAAACGUCUUGUGAUGAUAUCCACCCUAUAGUAUGUUCGAAGUUUAAAUGAGGAGUAGUUUAGUUUUUAGUGUUACAGGGGUGGGGAGGGUAGGGCAGGAAAACUCUUGGACUUUUUUUUUAAUAUCUUUCAAUUUUUCAUUUCUUGAAAAUGAGCUCGACCUGUUGUCAAAACGUUUCUUAACCAGAUAAUUAUAUCAAAAGGUCUGGAUAGAAGCAGAUAUGUAACGAAUUUAGGAAAAUGAACGACACUUUUAAAAUUAAAAAACUUGUUUGGACAGUUCUUCUGUCAUCUUCAGUUCUGAAUAAUACAAAGUACAAAGCUGAAUUUAAAGUGUGUAACAAAAUGCUGAAUGGACAAAACAAACAACAGUAACAGAAAAAUGUACGCAUUUACAAGGAAGGUUUUAAAUUAACGUAAUAAGGUUGAUGAUUAGGCGUAGGUUUCUCCCUUUGAAUGUGGAGAGCUUCUUUGAUUUUAAGUCAAAAGGUUGUGGAAACGUGAUCUAGGAUGUUAAAACACUCAUCAGAACAAAGAGUGCGACAUUGUGGAGAAUUUUGUAGAUGUCUGAAAAUGUGAGAGGUCAUGUUAAUUUAAAACUUUCCUUGUAAAUGCAUACAUUCUUCUGUUUCUAUUGUUUGUUUUGUCCAAUCAGCAUUUUGUUACACACUUUAAAUUCAAUUUGUAUUUUGUAUUAUUCACAACUGAAGAUGACAGAAGAACUGUCGCAACGUGUUUUUUAAUUUUAAAAGUGUAGUUAAUUUUCUUAAAAAAUUAUAUCAAAAGACCACAAAGCUUUCAAGUUCCUUAACAUUUGGUGAAACGUGCUAAAAUGUCUUGUUACUAAGUACAAAUGAGAGAUGUGUGGAAUUUUUAUUCAUAAUGAUAAUAUAAUUAUUCAUUUUGUAUACAUACAUAUGUAGUAGUAAUAUCAUUGUUAAAAAUGAAAAUGCCUCACAGCUCUUAAUUUUCCUUAGAAACGAACCUUCUUAGCACGCUUUACAAUAUAUUAAGGAGCCAUGAAAACUUUGCGAUUUUUCGAUAUAAUUAUAAUAUCUGACUUAAGAAAUUUUGACACUAUAUAAAUAUCAUUUUAAAGAAAUGAAAAAAAAAUUGGAUGCGUUCUUGUUGCGUAGAAAGAUACUAAAAAGGGUGAAAUACCUUUUUUGUAAAUAUAUGCGUAAAGUUUUCUUUUAACUUGGAAAUUAUCAUCUUAUAAGGUUCUAAAUUCAUUCUUUGAAUACUAUAUCUUUAGUUACUCAUGUUUUUUAUGACUCUAGAAAUAUCAGAAAUUUCCCCAAAAGCACCACGUGGUUUUCAUCGCGGAAUCAUAGGAAACUUUGCAAAUGAAAGUAAUUUACCACAACACCCCAUGAUUCAUAUCGGUCGCUGUAAUUUUCUUUGGGCCGCUAACCAACUGGUGGACUUUUACCACCUGCUUAAGAGUCAUUAAUUUUGCUUUUCUCGAUCAAAACGUCACCGAUUAUCAAAGGACCUUGGAAAGCUAAAGCAUUUUGAGAUGUGGAUCUGAUAUUCCACUUGUUUUCGAUCAGAAAAUCUGAACUACAUUCGCUCGUGCUUGAUUCUCAGUUGUGUGGUUAGAAGACAGGAACAGCCUAAAUCAUCUGCUAAUCUACCUUACAUACAACGGUGGUCAAGAACUAACCCUGUUUCCUGUUUCUUUCUGGCCACCAGGUCGUAUAACGUAAGCGAACAGAAUGUGUCCUUGAACAAUCAAAAUUUUAUUGACGACCUUAGCUGCCAGAUGACGUGAGUAAAAGGACUUUUCUAUCCUCUUUUGGUUCCUUUCGCGGUGAAAAUUACACGGGAUAGAAACUGAUAUUCUAUCAAAGUUUCACAACUACCACCAGAAGGAAAGGAAAAUAACCUACUGGAAUAGGAUCCUUUCAGGUCGCGGGUCAUAAUGGAAAAGGGUACGGAGAUUGCAGAGGACAGGAAUCUGGAAAAGGACAUUAAAGAAGAAAAAGGUGAGGAAGGCGACGAAAGCAAAGAUGUAAUCAAAACUGCAAAAGCAAAAAGGGAGCCAAUGCGAAAUCUCCUGGCCUUCUAUGCUUUUGGUGCAUUGAUCUACACGGUAUAUUCUGUCAUCAUUUCAGGCGCACAAGACAUUCUGGCGGGUACCUUCAUCCCAACUGCCGCAGUGUUGGUGACAAAUGUUGGUCCGUAUUUUCUUGUGACAAUGAUCGCGCCCUAUUUUAUACACAAAAUGCCGUACGUCGUGCGAAUAGUGGCAAUUUAUGCAUUUUUUACAGCAGGUCUGUUUAUCAUUGUUUACGCUAAAGAAGUCUAUCUGAAGUUAGUUGGAAUAUGUACGACCUCCCUCGGAGCCGGAAUUGGGGAAGUAUCGUUUUUUACAUUAACUGCCUAUUACGAGAAGGUUUCUGUUGCUGCUUAUUCAGCGGGUACAGGUUCUGGAUUUAUCUUGGGACCUCUUUAUUAUACUGGUAAGUGAACAGGCAUUCCACCAAUAUUUACAUAAUAAGAUCUCCGGUGAAAUAUCGGUGCAUUAUCGCAAACAUGGAAGUAUUUCAGAGCGUAAAAGAUGAUAAAAAAUUAGAGGUCUGUUUUCGCUUGAAAAGAGAUGUAAAACUCUAAGAACACCGCGUCUUUUGUGAGGUAUUCAUUGCCAUGAAAUGCUGAUCACCUGAUUUCAGUUCAGCGAACUGGUCGGUAUUUUUUUCGGAGCCUGGCACUUUUCAGACCUCUGGAGUCUAAAAUGUUCUGUUGUGGCUCCAGUCGAUAAAUAGAGUAACUUAACCUCAAUUUUAAUGAGUAUAAAAUUUCCACAAGCCGUCAAUCUCUGUUCAGACUGACUCCAGUGAGAUCGCAGCGAUACUCUGAUAAUACAUCUAUUUAUUGAAAUGAGAACAGUUUUUCUAAGGACGUGCGCUACCAUAGUAAUUUAAGCAGCAUUUCAGGGUUUUGUAACUUGGUUUGAAAAUUACUAGAGUUUACGUGCUAUUUUAGUUAUUGUUGAGCAAUAUUGGCAAUAUGUUGUACAACAUUUACCAGCCCUGCUCAAAGGAACAUUCAGUUAUAGAAUUUUAGAAGACAUGUCAUCUCUUCGUGACUUCGUAAAAUUGUACGAUUAUUCAACAAGUGACCUGAUCAACAACAUUUAAGUCUUGACAGGAAAUUUUAACAGCUUUGAUCAAAAUAAUACUGUCAUUGGUGUUUUAAAAGGAUAACCCGGCUAUGAAGAAAGCAGUGGCUCAUUUAUCCAGAAAACUGACGAGUAUGAAUAGAUAUCUUUCAUUUUGUAUAUCUGAGCCUAAGCCGACGUUAAGGCCGCGACAGAUUGAAUAUUUAUUCACAAUUGGGUGAUGCUCAAAAAAAUAAAUUCGGUAAAUUAGGAUAGUUUUAUACGAGAAGUAAAGCUCAUCGUAUUUGUAAAUGUGGGUGCAACAAGGAUGUUUACUUUGGGUACCAGCUUUGUUUUAAAAUGGCGUCAAACGCUACCUGUUAUCUAAUUCAGUAUAAAGUAAAUAUUUCAAACAGAUUUCUGAAAAGAAAAAUUUGACAAGUUGAAUUAACGUCAACAUCCGACAUCAAUUAGAUUCACGCUCAUUUACCCUUUGUUGUACCGGUUCUGUUUAUUGUAGGCUGUCGGGGAAAAAGCUGAGCAAAUCACCUCUUUGGGAGGUUCAUUUUUUUACAAAAGCAAAGAAUAUAGUCAGUCGUAGAAGUAGACUACCCUCAGAAGAAAAGAAUUAGUAGAUCAUUACCCAGUCACUUCGUCGAAGUACAACCAGACACCACAACCUUAGCUUAGCCUCUAAGGAACGACAUUAAAAACAGCUAAAAAUGAAGUGAUUUACAGAGUAGAAUGUCUUGAGUAUAACAGCUUGACUAUAAUUAUCUCCUAUUCAUUCACACUUCUGAAUAAGGAAAAACAAAUCGUGUCGCUAAUCUUGAUAUUUUGGAUGAAAAAGGAUUUUGUCUUAAAAUCUCAAUCACCUCUGAUGCUAUCUUAACACAUGCCAAUCUUUUUAAUUGUCCGAAUGUUUUCGAUGCACUACAUUGUUAUUGCACCCUUUUCGAUCGGUCAAUGGGGUUCUUUCAGACAUCAGAAUUACAGUCGGAUGUGCUCGUGCUGUGUUGUUGCCUGUUUCCGAUUGCUCGGUGCCUUCUCUCUGACAUCGUGUCUAAUUCGUGGGUGCUCAAAUAGAAAGUUUUCAUCUGUUCAUCUGACUCAUGUUCCUUUGUAGUGAGCCUCUCGUGUUUCUUUUUUCCAAGAUCGUACCAGACUCGUUAGUAUUCGUUCUUGGUAGUUUCUAGUUUCUGAUUGGUCUGUCACCUCUAACCUCCACCUGGUCCGACUCUAGGUUCUCGUGUUCGUUAGUUUCGUUAAUUUCUUUUGGCUUCAAGUGAGUUUGAAAUUCUGUCAUAUUUGAAAUAGUGCCACUCGCCUGAGAGAAUACUUGAUUUUCUUCCAAUGCUCUAAGGGCGUUAUCAUACACUCCAUAAAACAUAUCUUGAAGAUGGUCAAAAGAAGCCAUGGGUUCAUUCUUUUACUUAGUGAUGUUCUGUGAUUGGUUCUGAAAUCUAACGCCUUGAUCUUCUUCGUCACAAUCAGACGCAGAACUAAGACAAAAUACGACUUGGUUGGGUGAAAUUCGCGCAACUUCACGAAAAUGAAUGGACAGGCGCUGGAAAGCAUUUUAAAGACUUAAACCCUCUGAUUCAUAAUCUCCCCUUCUUUUUUCAGGUUUGACAACAUGGAGUUGUGUAUCACCGAACAAUGCAAUGCUGAUAAUGGCUGGGUCACCUCUUCUCUAUCUAAUUUUCUAUGCCAUAAUGGAGAAAAAACAUUCUGUGGCGGCUGCCACAUCCGGGGAAUUAAAUGAAUCGGAGUCACAAGCAAACAUGGUCACAUGGAAAGAAAAACUUUCUACAGCUGGAAAGAUCCUCCCAUUAGUUGGAUCUCUGUUCAUAGCUUACGUCAGCGAAUACGUCAUCAUUCAAUCUGUUAUCACCACUAUGGCAUUUCCAAGCGCCCCUUUUCCGCCUAGAGUUCAUUAUAGAUACUAUAUUUUUAUAUUUUUGAGCGGUGAAUUCAUUGCUAGGUCAUACCUUGCUGUGAUCGCAUCCCUGAAGCCAAGCCUUGUCAAUGUGUUCGCGAUUAGACGUAUAUGGAUUUUAUCAUUAGUCUUAGUGGCUCAAUUAGUGUUUUUUACUCUAGCAGCCUGGUAUAGAUUCUUACACGACGUGUGGAUCGUUUUCAUUCUAAUUUUUAUCGCUGGUCUUGGCGCGGGUGCAGCUUUUACAAACGCUUUUGUUGUGGUGUCAGAGACUGACCCUAGAUUUAAGGAAUUUGCCAUGGGAUUUGCCACCAUAGGAAUGGGGGCCGGAACUUUUUGUGCUGGGGUAGUGGGACUACUUAUGGAACCAGUGAUUCGCGAUCACUGUUUACUUGUAUCAGACGUAGGAGACUAUUGCUUUACGAGACCUUUUGGCGGAUGGAAUCAAACCUUAAGUUGCUGA